UACUAUUGCUUUAUGAUGCAAGUUAGAAAGGGUCUUUUUAACAUCGUGUUAUUUGGAGGGAGGCUUUUUCAACAAUGGGCAGUCGACAUGUAUAUCAAGAUUCAGUCUAUGAGGCUUGACUGGUAUUCUAACCCUGCAAACCAGAAACUCAUACGGGCUGAACUGUACCAAGGCUUGGUAGAUGUAAUUUCUUCUGGAGAUACUAGAGCUUCAGAGGUUGGAAGGAGGGUUGUGCUCCCCCGUUCUUUUCUGGGUGGUGAUCGUGAUAUGCAACAAAGAUUUCUUAAUGCAAUGGCCAUUGUCCAGCGUUUUGGAAAGCCAGAUUACUUCAUCACAAUGACUUGCAACCCUUAUUGGGAGGAGGUAACAAGCAAUCUGGAACCGGGGCAGACACCACAGGACAGACCAGAUUUGGUGUCAAGAAUGUACCGGGGCAAAUUACGGCAUCUCAAAGAUUUAUUGAUAAAGCAGAAAUAUUUUGGUGAAGUUGCCGCAAAUGUGCAUGUGACUGAGUUUCAGAAAAGGGGCUUGCCACAUGAGCACAUCCUGCUGAUUAUGAAAAAGGGAUGCAAAUUAACAAGCCCGGAUGAUUAUGACAAGUACAUCUCAGCAGAAAUUCCCAAUAAGGACAAGUACCCUAUGUUGCAUAACCUGGUCAUCAAGCAUAUGCUGCAUGGACCAUGUGGUGCCUUAAAUAUGAAGUGCCCGUGUAUGAUCGAUAAAGCGUGUCGCUUCCGCUAUCCUCGACAAUUCAACCCAGAAACGCAGCAAGGCAAGGAUUCUUAUCCAUUGUACAGGAGAAGAGAUGAUGGUCAGCGUGUCAAAAUAAGAGGGGCUGAGUUGGACAACAGAUGGGUUGUCCCAUACAAUCCUGGCCUGCUUAUGAGAUAUAACUGUCACAUCAACGUCGAAGCAUGUUCAAGCAUCAAAGCCUGCAAGUAAUUAUUUAAAUAUGUAUACAAAGGCCAUGAUUGUGCAUCAUUCUCGGUUGUUGAUGCUGGGGUAAUAAAUGAGAUACGUCAGUAUAGGGAUGCUAGGUAUGUCACACCACCGGAAGCUGUACACAGAAUUUUUGGAUUCCCUCUUUUUGGGGUAAACCCAUCUGUUUUGCAGCUUCAGUGUCAUCUGCCUAAUAUGCAGUCCGUUAUCAUUGAUGAGACGAAGAGUUUAGAAGAAGUAGUGAACAAUCCUAAAUCUUCGAUGACUACACUGACAGAAUUUUUCACGGUUUGCCGGGAGGACAGUUUUGCUAGAUCUUUAUUGUACAGAGAUAUGCCAGAGCACUACCGGUGGAUCAGUGGGAGGAAGAUAUGGCAAAGAAGAAAGCAAAAAGGACAGAUUGGGCGGAUAGUGUAUGCAAACCCUUCUGAAGGCGAGAGGUAUUAUUUGAGGGUGCUUCUAAAUCAUGUUAGAGGUCCAACUUCAUUCGAGGAUUUGAAAACUGUAGCAGGGAUCUUAUGUUCUACUUUUAGAGAGUCAUGUGAGAAAAGGGGACUCAUAGAGACAGAUAAUACAAUUGAUGACUGCUUG